UAUAUUAUGCUUUUAAAGCAACAUGUCCUUAGCCAUUCAUUUCCAUCUUUUCUUUCUUCUGAACUCAUAAAUACCCUUUGCAACACUUCACCGGAAAACCCAAUUUUCAGUCACCGGAAAACAUGUCGGAUUCCGGUGGAGGAUGUUGUAGAUGUUGCUGUAGCUUCAUCUUCACUUUGGGUCUAACGGCACUUUUCAUGUGGCUAAGUCUACGUACUUCAAACCCCAAAUGUUCACUACAAACUCUUUACUUGCCAUCACUUAAUAGAACCUUAAACGACAGUAAUGACCCUGCCAUAAACUUCACGCUAAAGCUAGACAACCCUAACAAAGACAAAGGGAUUAAGUAUGAUCCUUUGUACGUGACGGUUUACGAUUUUCCAAACAGAAGUCAUGUCAUAGGUAACAUUUCGAUGCCAGGGUUUUACCAGGGUCACAAAAAGAAGGCUACGAAGCCUCAUCAAGGGACUGGUAACACGUCGGUGGCUUUAAAGGCGGUUGCAGAGAACGGAACAGGGAUUUUCCGGGUGGAUGUAGCGACGUCGGUGAAGUUCAAGAUCAUGUUUUGGUAUACAAAGAAGCAUAAGAUUAGGGUAGGAGCAGAUGUGAUGGUCAACGCUAGUGGUGUUAAGGUUAACCCUAAACGGAUCAAGCUUAAGUCUAUGGCACCAAAGAUGGGAAGCUUUUGUGUGGUGGUGGGAGCUUCAGUGAAUUUCUUGAUCUUCACUUUGCUUAAUUUUUGGUGAGAUUUUUGUUUUGUUUUCGUGUUUUCAGCAUAUUUUUAGAUGUUGUAUUGUAAAAACAAACAAAAAGAAAAAAGAAAAUGUUGAUGCUGGUAACAACUAGAAGUAGCAACAUUGAUUUAUGAAAAAUUUUUAUUGGUGAGAAAUGUGAUUGUUUCAUUCUCAUGAACAUUUGGAUUAAUUGUUUGUUUGAUUUGUUUUGAAAAG